AUGCUCAGCGACCUAGAGCUAGAUGUCGGCAACCGAUACUCCGUCUCCAUCUUCAUCUUCACAAUCGCUAGUAUCGCUUUUCAGCUACCGUCGACGAUUGCGGUUCGGACGUUUGGGCCGCGGAUCUGGUUCGCCUUUAUUACCUUUUGUUUUGGUGUCAUCACGAUUGGCACUGCAUUUGUAAAAACAUGGCGACAGAUGAUUGUAAUGCGAAUCUUGCUUGGUAUCGCCAUGUCAGGCAUCUAUCCAGGCUUGACGUACCUCAUCUCGACGUGGUAUACGCGCAAAGAGCAGCAACUCCGGUUUGCACUCAUGCAAAGCGGAGAAAUUGUUGUCCUGGCUACGGGCGGUAUCGUCAACUUCGGGCUGAACCAGCUGGACAGCAAGGUCCUCAAGGGAUGGCAGUUGAUGUUCAUCUUUCAGGGAAGCAUCACAGCUUUCAUCGGUAUCUUAACCUACUGGUGGAUGGUGGACUUCCCAGAACACGCACAUCGAUCGUUUUACUUCCUCACACCGGAUGAAAGCGCCCUGGCCGCCUCGCGCAUUGAGAAGGAUCGUGGCGAUGUCACAGCCGAGGGCUUUUCUUGGUCCAAAAUCUUUGUUCAUGCCAAAGAUCCAAAGAUUUACGGGUUCUGCACUCUCUACUUCCUCCAGAACGUGGUUUCGACAUCCCUGGGUUACUUCCUCCCCAUCAUACUUCAAGGUGGCAUGGGAUUCAGCUCCAACAAGUCCAUUCUGCUGGCUGCGCCACCAUACUAUUACGCGGUGCUUCCAGCUAUCCUGUCUUCACUGGUGGGCGAUAAGUUCCAAUUGAGAGGGCCAGUCAUCGUGUUCAACAGUGUGUGCUUGAUUGUGGGAUUCUGCAUGUUGGGCUUUUCGGACCAGGUUACGGUCAGGUACAUUGGAACAUUCCUUGCUACCGGAGCAUAUGUCGCCAAUUGGGCCGGCAUGGCUACAUACCAAGCCAACAACAUCGUUGGGCAGUGGAAGAGGGUAUUUACGGCGGCCGUCGUGACAGCAUUCAAUGGGGCCGGUGGCAUUGCCGGGAGCUUUAUCGCGGGUUGA